AUGCCAGAACAAGGUGUGGGGCUGGGCGAUCUGUCUGGCAGUAGGAAGCUGAUGGCCUUAGGGGCUCUAGUGGGCUGGUUGCUGGUGGUCCACUUACUGGUCAAUGUCUGGUUGCUCUGCAUCUUAUCAGGCUUGUUGGCCUUACUGGGGGGCUGGUUGGGUUCCCAAAUGAUGGUGGGCACCAGCCACAAAAUUCACCUGGAGAGGUUUCUUCCCCUCGAAAGCUGCCCCCCGAAUCCCGAGGCAAAGAGGGAGUUGGAUGAAGAGAUCCGGAAUAUUAUUCAAAAGAUCAUUCGGGAUUUUGUGUCUUCCUGGUACCGGUCUGUGAGCCACGAGCAGAACUUUGAGAAGGAGGUUGAAAAAGCAAUGAUGGGGUUGGCUGUGGAGCUCAAAAGGAGGAUGCUUCUGGUGGACAAGACGGCCUUGACCCAAAAGGUCCUCCUCUUGGCAGGGUGCCACCUGCAGGCCUACAAGAAGGUCCAGGAGAAACGGAAGGAAGCAGAAAGCCUUGGCGACCCUUCCGAGGAGGCCGGUAGACUGUGGCAAGCCUACUGUGAAUUCUCAGAACCUCAUUUGGCUGUUCAAAGUCCUACACACCAGGUGGAAUAUACUAGGCGCACGGUGGACUUGCUGCUACGUGUCUUGGUGCCUGAGCCCCAUCUGGAAAGCAGGACUGGGCGCUUUGUGGUGGUGGAGCUCGUGACUUGCAACGUGCUGAUGCCUCUGAUUAACAAAAUGGCGGAUCCCGACUGGCUCAACCAGCUGUGGAUUGACCUUUUCUCCAGGAAGGCCACUGGCACCACCGAGGUAGUGGAGAGUUCCCCAGAAGUAUCGCCCGCCUCCUCAAGCCAGCCCACGGUGCCCAGUGUUUUGCCCCUGGUCCUUCAGCCAGAAAUGGCUACUGAGGGUGAUAAAACCCUACCGAGGGAUUUUGAGCCUUUCAACAGGAACGUGGUAGAUAGUUUGGAGAACUUCUUGGUGGAGGGAAAGGAACCAGUUGACCGAGCGCUGAACACUCCCAUGAAUGAGAAAGAUAAUGGUAGUGUGGCUGCACCCCUACUUCACCCUGGUACCCUCGGGUCCUUCUUCCCCAGUGGAGACUUGGAAGUUGAGUCCCCCAUGUCUGAUGCAGGGAAAGACUCUAGCUCCCUGAUUGUUGUGUCCGCAGAAGAACUCUUUGCUAGCUCCCUUCUUGAUUUGGAAGGGUCUGUUGAGGUGGAUGCAGAAGACAGUUUGGGCGAGAAAGACAGGUGCGCAGAGGAUAUUGCUGAGGGCUUCCCCUCUGAAGCCAACCUCCAUGCCGCCUCCCUCGGCCCGUGUCCUGACAUCCACAUAGAGCCAGUUGCAGAAGACACCUUAGCUUCUUUGACUGCUCUUUUGGAGGAUCCGGAAAAGACUUUCUUGAGACGGCCAUCCUACCUGGUGAAAGAGUUGGAGCCACCUGGAAGCUUGGCACACAGCCCUCAAGAUCUGCCAAGUCUGCUUUCUUCCUCCCCCACUGCCCCUAUGGGCACCUUCAGCUUUGAGCCACUCAGUCCUGAUGGCCCUGUCAUCAUUCAGAAUCUGCGUAUCACUGGAACAAUCACUACUCGGGAGCAUAGUGGAACAGGAUUCCAUCCUUACACCUUGUACACUGUGAAGUAUGAGACAACAUUAGACAGUGACAGCACUAACAGCCUCCAGCAAGUGGCAUACCAUACCGUGAACCGAAGGUACCGCGAGUUUUUGAACCUACAAACCAGGCUGGAAGAGAAACCAGAUCUACGGAAGUUCAUAAAAAACAUAAAAGGUCCAAAAAAACUGUUUCCGGAUCUUCCAUUUGGUAACAUGGACACAGAGAAAGUUGAAGCCAGAAAAAGUCUCUUGGAAUCGUUCCUGAAGCAACUAUGUGCCAUUCCUGAGAUCGCCAAUAGCGAAGAAAUGCAAGAAUUCCUGGCCUUGAACACGGAUGCAAGGAUUGCCUUCGUCAAAAAACCAUUUGUGGUCUCCAGGAUUGAUAAGAUUGUAAUGAACGCCAUUGUGGAUACAUUAAAAACGGCAUUUCCCAGAUCUGAGCCACAGAGUCCCACAGAAGAACUGAGUGAGGCAGAAGUGGACGGGAAACAGCAAAGCGAUGGAAAGAAAGCCAGUAGGCCUAAGCUGAAAUUCCCAUCUGGCAAAAUGCUGAAUGUGGCCGGAACACAGGAGAAGAUUUUAUAUUCUUUCAGGGAAGGCCCGAACGUCUCCGAAUUCCUCUCCCUGGCAAGGAUGGAGUCCUUUAUUCAGAACCAGGAGAGGUUGAUGGAGGCCAUGUCCAGCGAAGGUCCAGAGACAGAGGGGGAUGAAGAAGCUCCCUCAGAUUUGAAUCCAACGCCUGUAGAGAUGCUACAGCAAACAGCAGAUGAAGAGACAAAUUCUGAGACUUUGCUGGCAGAUAUUGUUCUGGACCUUCUUUGUCUGAUCAUGGUAGACCAGUGGAGUUGGCUAUGGUCAGAGAACAUGCAGAAGAUCCUACAGCUGCUCUUUGGGACAUUGAUCCAGAGGUGGGUUGAAGUCCAAGUAGACAACUUGACCUCCACCCAAUAUUGGGUGCAAUAUCUUCGGCUGCUCCAGGAAUCCAUUUGGCCUGGCGGAGUCUUGCCCGCGGUACCCAAACCACUCAGGACGGAAGAGCAGAAGGCUGAGACUAAGGAACAGGCCCUGCAGAUUCUCACGGCAAUACUACCUGAGUCACUCCAAGAAUUUUUAGGUAUCAAUAAAUGUCAAGAAAGCUGGAGCCUUGUCUUAGAAUCCAUGCAGCAUCCAAGCAUCAACAGGCAUGUCAUUUACUCCCUUAUGGACAUCCUGGUGGAGUUUUUGAUCCCCGAUUCCCAGAUGGAGGCAGCACAAACAAUACCACUAAUGACUUCAGUCUAUGGAGAAGCUGAAAGAGCUAGUACUUCAAAACGUUAA